AUGUCUAACGCCCUCGCCAGCAAACUGCCUCAAACGUUCAAGGGUGAUUUUAUCAUCCCCGAUCACCCGACUCGUAAGGCCAGAGCCGUCGCCUUUGUCAAAGAUAAUCAAGAUGUCGCCCAAGCCCUCAAGUUGGCCAAAGAUAACGACCUCGCUGUCGCUGUGCGUGGAGGAGGCCAUCACGCCUUCGGUGCGUCCUCUGUUGAGGACGGGCUGGUUAUCGACCUUUCGCGUUACCUGAGUGGAGUGAGAGUCGACCCCGCGAAGAAGCUCGCGUAUGUCGGUGGUGGUGCAUUAUGGGAGACCGUCGAUAAGGAAGGCAUCAAACAUGGGCUGGCUACUGUCGGAGGUACCGUGAAUCAUACUGGUGUGGGAGGACUCAUUCUUGGAGGCGGCUAUGGAUGGCUGAGCGGCGCCUACGGACUCGCUGUAGACAACUUGGUCCAGGCUACAGUCGUAACUGCAGAUGGGUCAGUACUCACCACCAACAGUACUGAGAAUUCCGACCUAUACUUUGCCAUCCGAGGUGGGGGCGGCAACUUUGGAGUUGUGACCGAGUUCGUUUUGCAGCUCCAUCCCCAACGCGCCACCGUAUAUUCCGGCACCCUCAUCUACCCUGCCUUCUUUGCUGAGAAGGUCAUUUCCGCCACUGAGAAGUGGCAGCAGACUGCGACUGAGAACGAAAGCGUUAUGGAGGUUGUCACAGUCGGACCGGACGGCAAUGCCGUUAUUAUUUUUAUCCCAUUCUACAACGGAAGUGAAGCUGAGGGUCGAGAACGCCAAAAAGAUCUCCUCGCGGCUGAUCCCGUGGCUGACAUUUCCAGAGAGAUUCCGUACGAAGAACUCAAUUCCCUCCAAAACCCAAUGUCCGCCCACGGCCGAGGCGCACAUCAAAGGUUCGCAGAAAUCGUCAAAGGUGGUAUCUUCAACGGCGCUAUCAUCUACGAGUUCUUUGGACUCAAGAAGAUCAACUCGAUCGCACAGAAUACGACUGCUUUCCGGCGUGUGCAGGCGCAUAACAUUCUCAUCACGUUGACUUGGGAACCCGCUGAGGAUAGGACUAAGGAGGCUAAGACGCUGGUGGAGGAGCUGUCUGUCAUCGCGACUGAGGGACAGGAGAACCUGACCAGGUCAGAUCGUUUGGGUUAUAGCAAUUACGACCCAGAGAGCGCUGUCGGUGACAAAACGAAAUUCGUAUUCGGAGAGAAUUAUGUUCGUCUUCAGUCCAUCAAGAAGCGCUAUGAUCCCGACAAUGUCUUCAAUAAAUGGUUCCCCAUUGCGCCUGCCUAG